CUUUCCCCUCGAAGCCUCGUAAGGUGACCAUGGCCGCCGUCCCGGCUGCUCUCCUCCCGCCGACUUCCCUAGUGCCCCCGCCGGCUCCGCCGCCGCCGCCUCCACCACCUCCUGCGCCGGCGCCGGCCGCCAUCUCCGGCGGCGGCGGCGGCGGUGGCCUCGGCGCGUCCCCGCCGUCCGCCGCCUCCUCCUCCUCGCCGUCGGCGUCCUCCUCCUCAUCGUCGCUGCCGGCCGCGCUCGGCGGAGCCGCGCAGACGCUCUUCCGCUCGGAGCUGCUGGCCGCCGGCAGUCCGGCCGGCAUCGCGGCGGCCGGCAAGCCCGUGUACUCCACGCCGUCGCCCGUGGAGAACAUCCCGCAGAACAACGAGUGCAAAAUGGUGGAGCUGCGCGGGGCCAAAGUGGCCUCGUUCACCGUGGACGGCUGCGAGCUCAUCUGCCUCCCGCAGGCGUUCGACCUGUUCCUCAAGCACCUGGUGGGGGGGCUGCACACGGUCUACACCAAGCUCAAGAGGCUGGAGAUCACGCCGGUGGUGUGCAACGUGGAGCAGGUCCGAAUCCUGCGCGGGCUCGGCGCCAUCCAGCCCGGCGUCAACCGCUGCAAGCUCAUCUCCAGGAAGGACUUCGAGACGCUCUACAACGACUGCACCAACGCCAGCUCCAGACCCGGUCGGCCCCCGAAGAGAACCCAGAGUGUGACUUCGCCCGACAACCCUCACAUCAUGCCCCACACGGUCCCCGGUCUCAUGUCCCCCGGCAUGAUCCCACCCACAGGUCUGACGGCGGCGGCGGCGGCGGCCGCCAACGCGGCCAUCGCGGAGGCCAUGAAGGUCAAGAAGAUCAAGCUGGAGGCCAUGGGCGGCUACCACGCCAACGCCAACCACCACCACGGGGCCGACGGUGAGAACGGAGAUCUCGGCUCCAGCGUCGGCCUGGAACUGCCCUUCAUGAUGAUGCCCCACCCGCUGAUCCCCGUCAGUCUGCCGCCGGCUUCCGUCACCAUGGCGAUGAGCCAGAUGAACCACCUCAGCACCAUCGCCAACAUGGCCGCCGCCGCGCAGGGCCAGAGCCUGCCCUCCAGAAUGGUCACGUCUGUCAUCAAGGGUUGCGUGUCGUCACCGCAGGGUUUGCAGGAGCGCAUGCAGGACAGUCCGUCCCCCGCCCCGUCUUUAGAGGACCACCGGAGGCCCGGCAGCCACCCGUCGUCCCACCGCAGCAGCAGCGUGUCCAGCUCGCCGGCCCGCACGGAAAGCUCCUCGGACAGAAUACCGCCGCACCACAACGGCCUGUCCGUGAACCAAGCCCUGCUCGGCUUGUCCCCCAACAUCCCGCCCGGGCCCAAAGAGGGAGACCUGGCCCACGACAUGAGCCACGAAGUCAAGAGGAUGCAUGCGGAAAAAGACGAGAACUUGAUGUGCACGCCAACGGCGAGAGACAGCUACGAGCGCCUGUCGCUGGCCGGACCGACUCUGCCUCCCGGCUUCCCCUCGCCCUUCCUCUUCCCGGACGGCCUGUCGUCAAUAGAGACCCUCCUCACCAACAUCCAGGGCCUGCUGAAGGUGGCCAUCGACAACGCGCGAGCGCAGGAGAAGCAAGUCCAGCUGGAGAAGACCGAGUUGAAGAUGGAGCUGUUCCGAGAGCGGGAACUCCGCGAGACUCUGGAAAAGCAGCUGGCCAUGGAGCAGAAGAACAGAGCCAUCAUCCAGAAGCGUCUGAAGAAGGAGAAGAAAGCCAAGAGGAAACUGCAAGAAGCUCUGGAGUACGAAUCCAAGAGGAGAGAGCAGGCGGAGCAGACCCUCAAGCAGCCGUCGCCCGCCGACAGCAUGCGUUCGCUCAACGACGCUCUGACCCCUGAGAUGGAGAGCGACCGCGGCAGCGGAAGAACAGAUGCUGAAAGGACAAUACAAGGCUACUUCCCGUUUCCUGGAGGACGCCAAACGGACGGGCCGUACCAUUUUCUUUCCGUGGGGUGGAUCGGCUCCACUGAUGCGAUUGCGACUCAAACGACGGACGACUCUUCCUGAAAACGGCCGUCAUGUACUAAAGGCGCCGGCGGGAGCUGCGAACUGGCACGAAAUCUGGUGGGAGCGAAACAACAAAAAAUGAAGAAGAAGGAAACAAAGGAUGGGAAAGAUUCUCCAGAGUCCGUUUCCAGCGCCAUUUUUUUUUUUUUUUUUUUUUUUGGGUGGGGGGGACGGACGCCGCAGGAAGUCUGAAUGUAGAAUAACAACAAGUUUUUCUCUCCCUGGGAUUUUAGCUCAUUUCGUCAUGGGGGGGGAGGUUGUGGGGGGGGUGGGGGGGGGCGUAGACCGAGCACAGCCGGAACGUCGCUAGCGACACAUCCAAGCGCAGUACUGAAGAUUUCUUUUUAAUACCAGUGAGAGGAAUUUGCCCGUUUUUUGUAUUUCAAAAUUUGAAUUUUCAGACGCAAGCAGAAAAGAUGGAAACGGUUGUGAACAAGCGUUUAGUUUUUUUCCCCCCUUUGACAAUACAAUCAAGUUUCUUUUUUCUACCAUUGUUGUACAUACAAUGCUAACAAGUGGAGCGGGUUGAUAUGAUAUGUGUGUAUAUAUAUCUAUAAUGUCAUGCAGUAGCGCUAUUAGGCAAACAAAGCAGCGUUUCUCUCGACUUCUCUUUUGUUUUUCGGUUGUCUUCCUGAGCCAUCCUUCUCCUUCUUUCCUCUAGCUGACACUUUGUUGAGAAAGCAUGCAGGCAUGAUGUAAAUGUUUGUCCUGGAAUUAUGAUAUUUAAUAAUAAAUCCUCUAUUGUAACGAACAAACACCACCACCACGAGAAAUUUCAAAUUCAAGACUUUUCCUCGUACGCUCAUGAUGUAAUCUUUGUAAGGGGCGAUCUUUUCUUGGAAGCUUCCGGAACUUUUUGGAUGAUUUUGAGCCCUCAAAAUCUGCACCUUUUUUUUUUUUUUUUUUGUGUUGUUGUUCUUUUUUUCUUUUCUAAAAAAAAAAAAAAGAUGAGACUCUCGAGGAAAAACCCGUCGAUGUUUGUGCAACAAGUUCUCCGAGGAAAAAACAAAAAACUACAAAAAAAAAAAAAACACUGCACAUCUUUUUCCAUGAACUUUCCUGCCAUCCCAACGGACGCUGAGCGAACUUUUUGCCCCGGAAAGACUUUUCAACGUGUGUGUGUGUGUGUGUGUGUAUAUUCUUAUCGAAAUAACCCGAUGUCACUUUUGAGCGUUUGUGUUCCAAUCAGAAAACGACAAAUACGACGAAGCCUCGCGCACGUGUGUGUGUGUUUUAUCACUGCUAACUUAUAUAGCUUCUUGUUUUUUUUCCCCCUCUCCACAUCAUCUCUUCGUUGUACUUUCAAUACUGUUGACAAUAAAACCAUGUGAGCGUGAGAAA